AUGAUAUUUUAUGAUAUUGAAUCGCAAAAUCAUUUUGGUACUGUACAUGAAACAGAAACUACCGAAAGCCCGCACAUCGAGAAACUCUUAAAUGAUGAAAACAAAAGACUGUGCCUCGUGGCAAGGUCCAUGUGGGAUCUCAGACGAUAUGACGAUUUGCAAAUGGAUGCUCCUCAUGAGAAUAGUACAUUUUACAUAGUACCGACAUCACAAGUGAGCUGUAUGUCGUCAUUGGUUUUCCCCAUCACAGGAGGGGGAACACUGGACGUCAAAUUGUAUAUGAAACCGGCAGCAGAGUCCGAUCAGAUCACCAUCCUAGCGUUUCAACAUGAGCCAAAGGGAGUUGUUGGGAGUCUUAUCUUGUCCGCUAUGGAUCCCAACUUCACAAAAGGCUGGCAACAUUUAAAGAUCACUUUAAUCGGAACAGGCGUUUAUAAUGGUUUUGUAACUCUUAUGGGCAUUGCAUCUGAAUCGUCAGUUAUAUUAAUAGAUUCAGUCAGAUUUAUUGCACCGUCAUACAGUGAAGAGUUUUGUCAAAUAUAUAAACAAGACGAAGAAGAUGAUACUAAUGAAACAACAAUCCCAACAAUCGUGCCAGAAACAUCUUCAACUACCAUACCAGAAACACCUUCAACUAUCUUUCCAGAAACAACAACAACUAUCGUGGCAGAAACACCUUCAACCAUCGUGCCAGAAACGCCUACAACUAUCAUUCCAGAAACAACAACAACCAUCGUGGCAGAAACACCUUCAACCAUCGUGCCAGAAACACCUACAACUAUCUUCCCAGAAACAACAACAACCAUCGUGACAGAAACACCUUCAACCAUCGUGCCAGAAACACCUUCCACCUUCGUGCCAGAAACACCUUCAACCAUCGUGCCAGAAAAAUCUUCAACUGUUGUUCCAGAAACAACAUCAUACAUCGUGCCAGAAACAACUUCAACUAUUGUUCUAGAAACAACAUCAACCAUCGUGCCAGAAACUACUUCAACUAUCGUGCCAGAAACACCUUCAACCACCAUGCCAGAAACACCUUAA